UGCUGUCGAGGGUAUGAUGAAAAUGGUUUUUUGGCGGAAUGCCGGUUGCCGUCAUAUAAAUUGAUUGUAUUGAUCCUCGCCACUGGGCAUUCGCUUGCGAUCGUUCAUCGGGUUUGGCACAGUGUCACAGAAGGGGGUAUAACAAUGAAGUUAUUCUUAGUGCUGUCGAUGGUGUUGGCCAUAGCGUUUGGAGCGGCCGUCGAAAAACCAGUGAGGGAAGUGGAUACAGAAAAGGAAGCUGCGGAAGCAACGAGGAAAAAAGUGCAAGAAAAACGAGGACUUUUCGACUUUGGAUAUGGAAGUAUGCCUGAGCUGCAUGGUGGGUUCAAGCCUUCAUUCGGAUAUGAUAUUAGUGCGCCACACGAAUAUGAAGUAAGAGAAGACCAUCAUACUUACAUCACUAAGAACAUUCCCGUUCCUUAUCCGGUGGAGGUGGAAAAGCAUGUGAUUGUGGAAAAGAAGGUUCCAGUUCAUAUUGACCGCCCCGUCCCUUACCCCGUCACAAUCGAGAAAAAGGUUCCGUACAUAGUGGAAAAGCAUAUCAAGGUUCACGUUGACCGUCCAGUUCCGUAUCCAGUGAAAGUACCUUAUCCAGUUGAAGUCGAGAAGAAAGUUCCCGUUUACAUAGAGAAGAAGGUGCACGUUGACCGCCCAGUUCCAUAUCCAGUCCACGUAGAAAAGAAGGUUCCAGUUUACGUAGAAAAGAAGGUUCCUUUCGUAGUCGAGAAGAAAGUUCCGGUUCCGUACGAAGUGAAGGUCCCGGUAGUUCAGAAAGUCGAAGUAGAAGUUCCUAAGCCGUACCCAGUUCAUGUCCCAAAGCCAUAUCCGGUUUACAUCGAGAAGGAAGUCAUCAAGCAUGUCGAUCGGCCUGUCCACGUAGAAGUUGAGAAGAAGGUUCCAGUUCAUGUUGUACAGAAAGUUGAAGUUCCUCAGCCGUACCCUGUCUACAUCGAGAAGCCCGUUUACAUCGAAAAGCAAAGCAGUCAUGACAGUGAGGAACAACAUCAAGUAGCGCAUUCUCAUGAAGACUAUAUUGAGCAGCCUAUUGAAGUCAUCGAAGAACAUCAACACGUGGAAGAUGGUGAGCACCACAUAGAAGAACGUCAUGACCAAGGAGAACAACAAGAGCAAGAACAAGAACCUCAGGAACAUGCCCAGCAGGAGUACGCUGAAUCAUCCAGUAAAGAGGUCAAGAGCGCAGAACCAGCAGACAAAUCUACCGAUUCCACAGAUUCAAAUAAUCAAGAACAGCACCACCAUAUGCCACCAAAUCAUCCAAACAGUGGCCAAUAGUUAAUUUGGAACAGUUUGAACCCUAAGUUAUCUCUAGUCUACCAGUUGCAAAACAGCAAUCUUACAAAUCAACCGAAAAAAUAAAUUAAAAUUAAUACAAAAACCA